UAAUCAAAUCCCUGCUUGCCAUUGGCUAAAUACUCUGGACAUCUGGACAGUUAAAGGGACCGCUGAGAAGGAGCUUGGCUGAUAUAGAUGUAUUCAGCCAAGUCAGAGUAAAAAAAUGCCUUGGUGGUGGCCAUUUCUUCUGCUGGUGGUGUGUACCCGUGGGAUGUCCCAGGAAUGUAUGGAGGAUCCUGCCGAAGCCUACCGAUUCACAGGGGUCGCCUGCCGUCUCACCUACCCUGCUGCUGUGGUCUUGAAUGAAAAAACAACCAAAGUGAUAGAAGCAGCGUUCCAACACACAAAAUAUCCCACAAUAAAAGGAGAGAAGGCUCUGCUGUUUGGGAGCAAACUUAUCUACGGACUGAACAAUUUAGAGAUUUACAACCUGACCAUUGGCCAGAGUGCAUUUGAGCUGCGCCCCGGUGAGGGCAUCUCUUUGAACAUCAGUAAUGUGUCUGUAGUGUUCAAAGGCACCAUCCAGUAUGCAUACGGCAGCUGGCUUCUCAAUUUUGGACAUUCAGUGGAUUUUGAAAUGGAGUCUGAGAUUGACCUUGGGAUUAACCCGAAACUGUACUGUGGUAAUGGUAAAGUGUCAGCUGACACAUCUGACUGUUACUUGAAAUUCCACAAACUGGACCUGCUUCUGCAGGGAGACAGAGAACCAAACUGGCUAAAGAAAGUCUUCACCCACUUCCUCACUUUUACUAUCAAAGUAGCCGUCAGAGGACAGAUUUGUCAGGAGAUCAAUAAAGUGGCAAACAUACUCGCAGACUUUGUCCAGGAAACUGCAGAGAAAUUCCUGACUGAUGGAGACAUCAGUGUGGACAUUGGUGUAACUGGGCCUCCAGUCAUCACCACCAACUACAUCGAAUCAUAUCACAAGGGCUUUACAAUAUACAAGAAUUCCACAACUGUAAUUGAAGAGUCUGUUUUUAACCCUCGUCAUUUGAAAGAGCAUCGAAUGCUGUACUUCUGGUUGUCAGAUCAUAUGUUAAAUCAAAUCUUCAACGCUACUCACCAAGAUGGCCGCUUCCAGCUCAACAUCUCUGGACCAGAACUCACUGAACUUUUUGAGACAAAUCCUCCUGAUGACAUGCCUGAGUUUUUUCGGAAGUGUAUCCUGGAGUCCAGCUCUGCGGAGCUCAGAGUGUGGAGCACAUCACAAGCGUUUAUGAACACGAGCCGUGACUUUGGGAGCACUGUGUGGGCACAGGCCUCGGGGCAGCUCCACUGUGGAGGCUCCACCACACCAGUCCUAUCUUUUGAAACGAAUGUAGCAAUGGAGGUUUGGGCGUCUUACGCUAAUAAGAAAAUCUCCUUACAUGGUAAAGUCACAGAGGUUUUUGCUAGUCCAGUUCAGAUACCAGUAGAAUAUUAUACGAUCGAAGAAUAUAACAAACUGCGAACAUUUCUUGAAAAUGCAGUGGAGAAGACAGGUGUGCCAAAGAUCAUUACCGUUCUUGAGGCAAAGAUAACUCUACUGCUCAACAAGCAGGGGGUCAAUCUGUUUGACAUCUACAAUCCGGAAGUAAUUCCUCAAGAUGGCUAUGUGCUGAUCCAGAUGGACUUUGGCUUUCCACAUCAUCUUCUUGUCGAGUUCCUCCGGAAAACUCUGGAGUAGAUAAGCCAGGAGCGCUGUGUGAACUGUAUUUUAUCAGUCUGAGUAGGCCAGAUACAGGCCACUAGUAGCCUACAAGUCUACAGCAAGUAACACAACCCACGUGCUGAUAGUGAAUAAUUAGCCUUUUGUUGUAAAAUGUGUAUUAAAGUUUGAAACCUACUGAACAUGAAUAAAUGCAAAUGCGUAUUUUGUGUC